AUGCAACCACACAGUGCACUAAACAAACUACUCAAUCAUAUCAAAACCAUCGGUGGUCGAGUUAUGGGUUCAGCUUAUUCGCGGACAGCUCUGUGCACUCGCAUUCAUGCGCUAAUUUAUAAUCAAGGUCUUCCAAGCAUUUUUCUAACUUUAAAUCCAGCCGAUAUCCACAGUCCUGUGGCACUAUAUUUUGCCGGUGUCAAACUUGAUUUGGACAAAAUUCAAAUUGAACAACUUAUGACUACUUAUAAAAGAGCUGAAAUUAUAGCUUCUCAUCCUGUUGCUACUGCUAAAUUUUUCCAUUUAUUGAUCAGCAAUAUCUUGGAUACUAUGAUUGUUGGUGGCGUUCUUGGACCCAUUAAAGCUUACUUUGGUACUGUUGAAAAUCAAGGACGAGGUUCUCUUCAUCUACAUAUUCUCAUUUGGCUUGAUCAUGAUAUGAAGCCAUCUGAUAUGAAAGAGAAAAUUCAAAAUGCUAAUUUUCGUGAAAAAUUGAAAGCUUAUCUAGAAGACAUAAUCAAAGAAGAUUUGGAUGAAUUCAAGGACAAACAUGUCUUUGAAAGCUUUGAUGAAUCAAGAGUACAAGCUACUCCUCCACGUUUAUCACGAGAUAACGUAUAUGAUACACCAUUACCAAAUAGACAUUCAGAAAAAGCAAUACAUAAUGAAUCUAUUUCUGCUAUGAAUACUUCACAAAAUGAAUCAAAAGUAAUUCCUGCUUGUUUGCCUACUCCAAAACCGUCAUCACCGAAUUUCGCAUCACGUUUCCGUGCAGAUAUAGUGCAACUUGUGGAAACAAGCAACAUUCACAAACAUAGUGAUACAUGCUAUAAAUAUUGGAAUGCCAAUCGAGGUGAUAAGAAAAGUUGUCGAAUGCGUAUGCCACGUAAAUUGGUACCCAGUUCAAUAAUUGAUCCUGAUACUUUUUUUUUUUUAUUAUGCUCGUAAAUGUAACACUCGGAAGUGCUUACAUAAGAAAAGGAGAAAUAUAGAUGUAUAAGCGAAAAGCUACAUCAUUUUAAGCAACGCGUUACAAUUUUGCUGACAAUAUAUUAUGCUGCGUGCCAAUUUUCGCUUGUAGGGAUAUUUGGAGAGUAAAUAAAUGAAAAAUCGAUUAAAAUGUGAAAAAAAUAAAAUAAAAUAAAAGAGAGAAGUACUGAUGAUAAGCGGCAGCGAAGAUACGUG